CUUGCAAAAAAAGAAGGUCGUGCGGGUUUGCACCAGCUUCAAGCUUAGUUUUUUUUCGAAAAAACGCUAACAAAACAAAAAAAAAAUGCUAAUAAACCAAAUCCCUCAGGGGAAAAUCCUUUGAUUAAAAAAAUCGGUUGCACCCUGAAUAUCUUUUCAAAUCAACAACUUGUUCCUUAUCCAACUGUUUAGUUUGUUAGAUCCACUCGCUACUGUACACCUUCGCUUUCUGUCGCUUACCUGUUAUCUUCCGUUCGCUUUUACACUAGAUAGUUGUGAGAUUGUUAUGAAUAUUCAUCAGUUUCAUUUGCUGUCUCAUGAUCAAGCAUCUCUAAUGAAGGGGAGCUCUCGGUCGAUGAAUCCUAAUGAUCAUAGUUUUGCAGCAGCAGCCGCUGCUGCUGCCACUGCGGCAAACCACAGCGCUUCCGGCGGGAACCAGCUAUUACCACCGCAACCAAUGGUCUCGGAAGAUGAUAAUUUGUUUCCAAACUUGAUUGGUAAUGAAUCCACUGAAUUGUUGAAUAAGAUUAAUGGGUUCCACUUGCAGACUCCAACCUCGCAGUCUUCUGCAGUGUUCCAGUCUCCCCAUUAUGUGAAUCAUACUAUUGUGACUCCAAAUAAUGCUUUUACUAAUGAACACCAGGUUUUGAAAACUCCAACUUCAAUCAAUUCUUCUAAUUCAAUGCAUCAACCUCCGAUUAGUUUCCCUCAACAAGUUCUCACUUUUAACCAAUCUCCAGUUGUUGUUUCUCCUUCAAACGGUAAUCAUAUGGCUGGUGGUAAAGCUACUCUGCGAUCGGGUACUUUAUCAACGGUUCCAGAGUUAUCUAAUCAACAUUUAUUGCAACAUGAAUACUUGAUUCAAUCUCAGAAACAAAAUCAGAAAAACAUGGUUGCUGCUGCCGCUGCCGCCGCCGCUGCUAAUACGGCACCUCCUCUAACUUCAACCACUCUUCCUCUACAUUCUACCCCAAUUAAAACAAAAGCAAAGAAACAAAACCAAUCUCCUUCCAAACUCAAACAACAGACUAAAAAAACAACCCCAAAGUUACAACUGAAAAAAUCAAUGUCUUCUAUACAAAAAACUAAAUCUUACUCUAAGUUACCAACUGCUUCAAGUCAUGUUUCUAAAGAAAAUUUAAAUGAACUUUUAAGAGAUGAAAUUAUUAGAAAUCCUCCUCCUUCUAAAAAUAACAACUUUACUUUUGUUUCAAAUUCAAGUGACGUUUCUUCUUCUUCUCCUCCAAGUUUCCAAUUUGAUAAAUCUUUAAGUUUGACUCCAGAUGAUUUCUUAUCUUUUGCCAACGAUUCUCAUGACUCCAUCAUUUCAAAUAAUUUCAAUCUUGAAACUAUCAAUCCAAACCCAAUUCAUCAGGAUCAUAAUAACAACGGUAUCACCAUUGAUGAUAUCUUGAAAGAUAUUCCUUUUGCAGAAUUGAAGAGCCCUUUGAAUCUGUCUUCUCAUAAUUCAAUCCAAUUUGAUGGUAAUAAUUCAAUUAAUGCCCCAGUGGCUAAGGAUGAAUAUGAGGCCGAUGAUGAUGCUACAGAACCAGAUGAAAGUUUGAUUUCUGCUAUGAUGGACUUGAAUGAUGAACAAGAUAUUGAUACUUCUUUGGUCAAUUUCGAUUUACCAAACUUAUCUCCAACCCAACAAAAUGACCCCCCUGUCACUGGUUUAGGAUUAUCUUAUGAGUUUGACAACAUGUUCGAUAAAUCAUUAUCUGAAACUAAUAUUCCUCAAUCUUCUCCGAAAGCACCUGGCGUGUUUCGUAAUCCAAAUUUUGGAAAUACCAAAUCUUAUAAAAAUACCAUUUCUUUUAAUAACAAUGAUAGUGACAUUUAUAAAAAUAAUAUUAAUCCUUCUCCCAAUAGAAGACAACUGGCUACGAAUGCUACUUCCAAAUCAUCUACACCAAAUAAGGUACUUAAAAAGGCACAAUCAUUCACCGGAUCCUUUAAUGCCAAUACUAAUUCCAUAAGCUCGGCUCGCAGAUCAUCCUCCGCCCUCAAUUCAUCAUCUCCCCAAUUCUCUUUAGAAGAUUGUUGUAAAGAAAUUUCAAUAAAAACAAAUCCAGUUAAUAAUUACUCAUUUGUUUAUGAAAAUUCCAAUCAAAAGAAAGUAAAUGGUGAAAGACCGAAAAUGAAAAAGGCAAACACUACAGCAGUUAGUUCAAAUAAUCCUUUAACCCAACGAAAGAACUCAAUCAAUCUCACUCAUUCAGAUGAUGUUGGCAAGGACGGCAAGCGGGUCUUGAAGAAUAUGGAAUCUGGAAUGGUUUACUUUCAAGUUGACUUGAAAAAUGGUCAAUGAGCUUUUUUAAAUUUUUACCCUACUUUAAUGACUUUCCCUUCUACUACUGUGAUAUAUUUGUUCCUUAUGCUUUAUUAACUUCUAAUGGCCCUUGUAUCAUUCUGUGUAUUAUUAUUACUUCUUCC